AUGAAACGUCGAAAUCUAUCUCGUGCUUCAGUUAAACCAACUAAACAAAAAAAUGGACAUAAAUCAAUAACUAUCGCAUACAAUCUACCGAAAUUUUGUGCAAAUACAACAUGGAAUCCUGUAGCUAUAACUUUUGCUACUAGUGCUACACUUGGUACAAAUGUUCAUGGCCUUUUUGUCGAUACAAAUAAUACAGUCUAUGUAGCUGAUAGAGCAAACGAUCGCGUGCUAAUUUGGUUUAAUAGUAGUACAACACCGACAAGUAUUAUCUCGGGUGGUUUAGAUUCACCCUAUGGCCUUUUCAUCACAGAUAAUGGUGACAUUUAUGUUGAUAAUGGUAAUACAUAUAAUCGGGUGGAUAAAUGGGCAUUUAAUUCAACAAGUAGUGUUCCAGUAAUGUAUAAUUGUGGACCAUGUUAUGGUCUUUUUAUUGAUAUUAAUAAUAUGCUUUACUGCUCACUGUAUAAUUCUAAUAAAGUUAUCGCAAAAUCAUUGUAUACACAGUUAAAUAUUUGGAAUACUGUCGCUGGAACAGGAACUGCUGGAUCAAC